GGGGCUGCAAGUCCCGCUGUUGAUUUUUUCCUCUACCUUUCAUGGCGCACCAGGUAAGGCAGUACAGGUGAAGUUGCGUGAGGGUGACAUAUCGUCGCCAGUGACUUUCACUGAAGUGUCCGCCUGCUAGAUCUGCAUCUGUAUGUCCUCGGUGAGGCACCUGCGGGGCGGAGAAGUCUCGGGUCUAAAACAGUCGGAAAAUCGCUUCCGUGGUGCUCAGUGGGUGCAAACCAACAUGCUACCAGGCUUCCAAAUCGGGCGGACUUGCGCGGCAGGUUUCGGUAUAAAGCAAACCGCGACGUGAUCCUGAAGGAAGUCAACUUACCGAUGAUCCCGACUGCCACCAACGCCACACUACGGGUCGGAAUUACUGGACAAGAUCAAUCAAAUCAAAGUUACUCUGUCUUUUCCUGGCCAUGCUCCCGCUGGAUCAGAGCUGACACGACAGCCAUGUGUUGUACAGUCGAGCGCGGAUGUUCGUGCCGUUUGAUCGAGCACUCACACUCCGGCUAGUACAAGCCCCAACGCGGUGUAACUUGUACCUACACCUUGCACACACAUGGAGAUUGCAAGCUGGCUAAUAGGUGAUAGCAGUAAUAAGUGGACUUCCAAGCGAGCAAGCCUGCUGGGCCGAAGCUGAUUGGCAUCGGGGAAGCCGAAACACGGGAUCGGCCGGACAUCCUCGGUACACAACACUCGCACUGCGGCCUGCCUAUAUAAGAUGUCUUUGCCACAUGUCUAGCCCCACACCUGCACCGCUCUUUCUAACGACUUUGCCGCAAGUGUUGUGAUGUUGAAACAUUAAAUGGAAAUAUCUCACACGUAUCAGGUAGUGGUUGCACCUGUCUUCUUCUGGCAGGAGUUAACUUGGGAGAUUACCGCGAUAGCCUCACUGAUUGCAUAGCCAAGCAACUGAACGUCUUCCAGGCCGGCUCUGAGUCAGUGCCCUCAUCAGCUAGCGAGAACUGUCUGGCCCGCUCCAUCGGGCGGGCCUCUUGGAACAUAACUGUGUUACCCUGGACUUGGUUGGGCACAACCGUGCCUUCAAAAUCCAUUAUGGUGGGUGUCCCCGUGAUGAACAGACUGCUGAUGCUGGUUGUGUGUUACCUGCUUCUGCUGAGUUGUACACAUGGAGCGCAAGCUGCAGGAGGCAAAGACGAGGACUCCUCCCCGGACGCACCGGAGUGGGAUACAAAACUCAGGAGCCGCGAGCAAGUCAUCCGGGCCUUUGAGAAAAACCUACUAAACAUGUUUGGAUUGAAAGCGAAACCCAAUCCCAGCAGGAAAAUACACGUGCCGCAAUACAUGUUGGAUCUUUACAAUGCGCAGACCGACUCGCCCAUCUCUAAUCUGGACAUAAAUGUCCGGGGAAAAACAAACAGAUACACCAAUGUAGUGCGGAGUUUUCACCAUCAAGAACAGGGAGGCGAUUACACUAGUUUGCUGGAUGAAUCUAGUCCAAAUGGACACGGACACAGACUCACCUUCAACGUUUCUGCUAUAGCAGACAACGAAGUGCUCACUGCGGCGGAAUUGCGCUUAUUUUGGAAGAACCACCAUUCUGUCUCAAAGAGAGACCUCUCAGAUAGGGACGAGGAAGAUUCAGCCAGACAUUCUGAGCGAAGUCACAUGCACAGGGUCAAUGUGUACCAAAUCCUUAAACCCCUGCCGAAGAGUAAAGAUGUCAUUAAGCGACUCAUUGACACCAAAGUGGUGGAUAUUCGUAACGCAAGCUGGCAGUCUUUUGACGUUCGACCGGCUUUAAAAGACUGGAGAAGAUCGCACCGUGCCAACCACGGGAUCGAGGUGGAAGUUCUCGACCACAGAGGUCGGCCAAUUACCGCGCAUAGGAACUUGAGAAUUGCGCGUUCCGUCAGCGACCACGAAGAGCCUGAGGACGAGACGUGGUUCGAAGAACGGCCUCUUAUCGUAACAUACACAGACGAUGGCAGGCGAAAGCGUGCGGCGACUUCCAAGCGCUCCAGCCGACAACGGAGCGGCAAGAGAAAAAGGAAGUUGAAGCCGAAUUGCCGUCGCCACCCCUUGUACGUGGACUUCACUGACGUGGGCUGGAACAGUUGGAUCGUAGCACCAGCAGGUUACCAGGCAUUCUACUGCCAAGGUGAAUGCCCGUUCCCGCUGGUGGAUCACCUCAAUGCUACAAACCAUGCAAUAGUGCAGACAUUAGUGAACUCGGCUAGUCCCCAGCUAGCACCCAAGGCGUGCUGUGUACCCACAGAUUUGAGUGCAAUAAGCAUGCUUUACCUGGAUGACUCGGAUUCAGUCAUUCUCAGGAACUAUCAGGACAUGGUAGUUGAAGGCUGUGGUUGCCGAUAAAUAGAGUUUUUUUUAUAUUAUAAACCUGAAGAAAUCUCACAUUUUUAUUGUUUGAUAAGCAGAAGGUGAGGUUUCCCCAGGUGUAUAGUUUUAAGUGUAUUAUACUUGUCGAUAUGUUUAAUAUCUAACAUGAUGUAUAAAGUUAUUUAUAUUUCACAGUUCAUAUGCCUUAUAUUCUAUUAAGUGCAGCUCGUUCGCAAGCCCCAGAGCUAAAUACAAAUAUGUCGUGCAUAAAGAUAACUUUUAUGGUACACAAAACAACAUACUUGUAAAUAACUCUAAAGCUGCAUGCAUCUUUGUUCAAGUAGUUUGUGGCAUUUUGAUGAACACGUGCUCUGAAGGUACAUGCACAACGGAUUCACUCGUUGUUCAUGUUUAAUGUUUUGGCUAUGGAUCCUACCUUGAAUUCACAAGCUUUCUCAAAUCGUGCCGUCUUGCCGGUGAUCUAAAAUGAUGUUUUGCUAAAAAAAUGUGAGAACGGUACGCCAGCAUGCGUAGGAUUGGUUGCUCAAUGCCUGCAGUCAAGUGGAGGUUUCAUAUCUCUGUCAUUUUUAAUGAAGAAGUGAUAUGUAUGACAUGGGAAGCGGCGUGCGUGUCUCCCAACAUCGACAGCGUGUGCUUAUUAUCUUAAGCAGUGCUAUGCAAGGCAUCAAAUGUUGCUUACCUUCUGGUUAUAAUCUAUCUCGACAUUUUUUUUUGUGAAGUGGAAGGUACACCUAUGCAAAAUAGUUUUUAUGAAUUUAAUUGGGAAAUAAUGCAAACUUUUUACGAUUGUCUUCCUCAAUUUGUCCUCUUCCAAAUGCACAUUUGCUUGACGAAAACAUGGUGCUUGAAAAGCCUGAGACUUGUUUACAUGUUUGAGCACAAAUGCAUAGUUGAUAUUAACUACUGUUUCUUGUUUGUAGGAUGAAAUGAAAUAUGGUCCUCAAAUGACACAUAUUUCAGCACGACCACUUCCGGGUUUUAAUCAAUACAUUUAUGUCAAUGUCACACACUGGUUCCUUUUCUAUUUUCAGAUUUGCUUCAUUUCAAGCAAUAACAUCCGUUUAACUAUAGCAUCAUGAGACUUAUAGGAAGUCUGUGCUUUUUUGUUGGAGUAACCUUUACCAGGAAUUUAUUUGGAAUAUUUAUUAACAACACCCAUUCUGUAUAUUUCUGUACAUGUGCAUGAUGGGGAAGUAGGGUCAUGUAACUUUGAUGGUUAUUUGGUGACAAACUUCUCAUGUCAGCGUAUACAUGUGCACAGUACUUUGCUUGCGAUCUUAUGUCCAACUUGCUUAAAGUCGAACAGUCAAACUGGUAAAACAAGUACCUGAUAUAACUGUCUUUGGGAAAACCGCCCGAUAUUUCUAAAAAGGAAUUUUAAUGAACAUCCUUCAGUCACAAGGCGGGUAAACCUGCGACUAAACAGGGUGUCCACAAAGUUUAGGAAGUAAUGUUGUCAAAAGGAGAAAUAUGGCCUUAAUUUGUACGCGAAAAAACUUGUCGCACGCGUUAGAAUUUUUUGUAAAAAACAUAAUCACUCUCUUCACGAUCAAUUUUGCUUGGUGGAGCACCGACAACUUUGUAGUGGCCACUGAUUUUUUUUCAUUUGGAUUCUUGGUAUUUGCUGUUAAUAAAUUGUGUAGGUCAUGUAACAUUGAAAUGUGCACGUGUUUCUCCAUAAAGUGUAUUCGAUUUUAUUUAUUAGAAGAAUGCGACGAUGAUGUUCCUCACGAAUUGGUUUAGCAUGUAUCCUACUGUUAUUUUAUUGCAUUUGAAUACAUUAUUUUUUAAUUUAUAUUAUUUAAUGUAAAGUUACGGCAUAGAUUUGGCCCGUAUUUUAAAGAAAGGGCAUGCUUUUUGUACAUAGUCAUCUGUGCUUUUUAUGUACCAUAAAAAAACUUGUAUAAGCUGGUAUAAUGUUAUCAAUAUAUAUUAGCAUUUGUAACAAGUUAUCCAUAUAGUGGAGAACAAAACAUUGUCAUGAAACAUUAUAAAUCACAUCUUUCUUCGUUAAGUUUUUUGGGGUUGGCAUUAAAUUAAAUGUAUUUUUCUAAACCGCCAUAAGCAGGGAACAGUAAUACUUUUAGGCCUAGGCCUAACAUAAGUUUGGUAUUGUUGAGUUAUUGUAGAGAACUGUAUUCAAACAACUGUCAGAGACUGAGAAUAAACGAACAACACAUAAAGAAAUUCUGUUCAUAGUAACU